UGUUUUGUUUUACCCGGAAAAAAAACUUGGUCAGUUUGACGUCACAGAAAAAUGGCGGAGUCGGAGGAGGAGGUGCACGUCUUGGUGCAGAGAGUUGUCAAAGACAUCACCAAUGCCUUCAAGAGAAAUCCCAACAUUGAUGAGAUUGGUGUGAUCCCAUGUCCAGAGGCCCGCUACAACCGCAGUCCCAUUGUGUUGGUGGAGAACAAGCUGGGUGUUGAGAGCUGGUGUAUUAAGUUUUUGCUGCCCUAUGUCCACAACAAGCUGCUGCUCUACCGCCAGCGCAAACACUGGCUGGACAGGGGAGCUUUAGUGGAUAUCACCUGCACAUUGUUGCUGCUUAACCCGGAUUUCACCACUGCAUGGAAUGUCAGAAAGGAGCUGCUGCAGUGCGGAGUUCUUUACCCAGAAAAGGACCUCUAUCUGGGCAAGCUUGCCCUCACCAAAUUCCCCAAGAGCCCAGAGACGUGGAUACACCGACGCUGGGUGCUGCAGCAGAUCCUCCAUCAGUUCUCUGCUGUGGGCCACAGCAGGAAGCAGCUACAGGGUGAAGCAACACAGGCUGAAAGUGAGAGGAGCCAGCAAGUUAGUGACAAUCUGUCCAGGACUCUCCAGCAAGAGAUAAAAGUGUGCUCUGAUGCUGCCUGCCACUAUUCCAGCAACUACAAUGCCUGGUCCCACCGCAUAUGGGUCCUACAGCACAUGGCCAAGGGGAAUGUCAAGGUUUUCCUUGAUGAGAUGUCCUCUAUGCGUCUUUGGGUGUCCAUGCAUGUGUCUGACCACAGUGGGUUCCACUACCGCCAGUUCCUGCUCAAGGAGCUGAUAACGGAGCUCUACCAGACACCACCUUCCACCACCACUACCUGUUCAUUGCAGCACCAGUCCACCACAGUCCCCAGCAUCAGUCUCCACCAUCAAAACCAUAACCAAGCUAACAGGGAGCUGUCGGAAGCUGCGGCAGCAGGUGAGGGCGAGAGGCAGCUCAGCUUCACUACAAUCUUUCAGCUCUUCCACCAGGAAAUGGAGCUGUGCUCAGACCUGAUACAGGCCUUCCCUGGACACGAGACACUCUGGAGUCACAGGCGGCAUAUCUUUUACUUGUGGCAUCAGUGGAGGAGGGAGCACCAGAAUCACUGCAGCAGCAAUGGAGGCAACGACUUGGUUCAUCUUAUGUACCAGGACCCAGACCUGCUAAAGGACAUCACUCAAAGCUGUACAGUCCGGGGUGAGAUUGUGAAUGGACAGAAACAUGCCAGUGAGCUAAUGGAGGUUGACAGAGUGUCCUUCCCUGACCAGCGUGAAAAUAAGCGACUGAAGAAGGGUGUCCCGCUGCCUGACCCCCCCACCCUAUCCUCUGAGCACAGUUUUGUAGGUGAUAUCAUUGACAGGUGCUCUAGCCCUGAGCAGAGACACUUUGCCCUGGCAUACAAGAAAUGGUUAGACACUGUAAUUGGUCAGCAGCCUUGAGAGAGAAAGAGAGAACAGUUAGCCCAAUCGUUUCAUAACAAUGAAGUUGCCUUUAGACAAAGAGUUAGGAUCAGCUUACCCAGUGUAGCUUUAACAGUAACUAAUGAUAUUUCAAUUGCAGUGAUGACUAAAGAAAGCAGUCACUAGGCAUCGUAGUUACUGUCAACCCUACUCACAGUGAGUAGAGAAGAUUGGGGUGGGAUGUCUUCCCUCAGCAACAUAUGUAUUCUCUUGAGCUUCUUCUGAGCCAUUAGUUUUUCAGAAUGAAAAUGUGCACACAUAAUCCUAUUGUUUCACAAUGUCUGUUAGAUUCUGAUGUUAUUUUAGGUUUCUUAAUCCCUUAGACAAAUUUCCAUUGUUCAUUUAUUGUGGUCUUGGCAUUCAUCCACAUGGUAUUUCAUUUCUGUUAAACAAUUUCUGCCAAGACCCUCUAUUAAGCUACCACAGGAGGAGGAACAAUGUCUUUGCGGAGGUGAGAGCUUUUCAGAAUUUACACUUAAUCUUAAUCCUUACAAAUCAUCUUUGUUAGACCCAAUUGUAAGGAAUGCCAAAUUAGCCAAUAAUAUUGAUAAGAAUACAGAAAUAAUAGAUAUUAUAUAUUUGACCCAAUAAAUUGUGCCAUAAUUUAAUUCAUUUAAACUCAAUUUAUUAUUUUGAAUGGCAUCUGUUUUAAGGAAUUCCUUCUGAUCCCUUAAAAGACUUUUCAAAAGUGAUAAGCUGAAAGCUGAGUGGGUAGCGAGCAGUGGUAACUGUCACAAAAAGUGUGAAAAAUGGCAUCCUUGAAAGAUCCUUAAAUUAUAUUUAACGUAGGUAAUGUUUUGAAUUAUACUCAUUAUUUGAAUUGACAUAUUGCCAGUUUUUUAGUUAAACAUGGAAUACAUUGGAUUGAGCCUGGUUCUUAAAGUUCAGUUCACCGGGAAAAAAUUCACUCAUUAUCUACUCACCACUAUGUUGAUGGGGGGUGGGUGAAAGGAUUUAGUCCAUGAAACAAACUUCUGGAAUUUCAGAGAUAAACUUAGUUGCAGCAGAAUCCAAUACAAUUGAAGUCAAUGGUGACUUACAUUUCACUCGUAUUAGAAUAAUUAGACUCAGAACAAUGUAAUUUGCACCGUGUUAUAAGCCUAAAUGUCUGCUAAUAUCUUCCUACGAGGUGCAUUAACGUACCCUCGGACACACCAUCUAGUGGCUAUGGAUGCUAGCUUAGCCACUUCCUGUGGACUUUAAGGCUUAAAACAUGGUGUAAAUGACACAGUUUCUAGUUGAAUAUGAAUGCCUGGGCUUGCAGACACUUGGAUGACACCACACGAGCAGUAUGGAGGCACGUUAUGUUUUUUCUAUUUUAUUACGUCUGAAUAAGGACUCAGAAUUGACUUCAUUUAUUGGAUGUGGCUGCAGCAACGAUUACACCUGAAACUACAGUGUUUGUUGACUCAUACACUUCACCCACCCCUCCAUCGCCAGAGUGGUCAGUAGAUGAUGAGAGAAUUCACAUUUUUCUGGGAACUAUCCCUUUCUUAAAUGUUUUCCUAAUCAAACUGGAAGAAUCCUCGUUCACUUCUCACUUCUUGAAGGGGACAUAUUAUGCCCAUUUUACCACAGUUGAUAUGGUUCCUUGGGGUCUUAAUGAAACAGCACCCUUUUUACCCUGUCUAAAACAGCCCUCCUCAGAUUGACCUCUUUUGAAUGCCCCGCCCCCCUCAGCCCCGGUGAGCCUGGCUGCUAGAGCCCCAGUUCCCCAGCGCAGCCCCGCAGUGGGAGCUUGAGCUGGCGCAGCAUCCUUCCACACUGUUGAGUCAACGUUUAGAGGUGUCCCGGGGGUCCCUUGUUUAUGCGGCCACUUUAAUGUCUGACGGGUAGCAGCAGCGAAAUAACGCUAGCAGUAGUCAGCUGCAAAUAUGACUUGACCUCAAAAAAAUUCUGACAAAAGGUUUCUCAGUGGUUUACAGUAGUAUCAGAUGUACUUAAAAACAUACUAAAAGUUUACCAAAGUUUGACUCCAAGAAAGGCCCCAUUUUCAAAAUGGCCGCCGUCAGGUCCUUUAAAAUGACCAUUACUCCUUUGUUAACCUCCUAGACCAGGAAUACUGGUGCCUGAUACAUGUUUUGGCCAUUUAAUAUUCUAAUUAGCAUAUUUGCAUGAUAGAUGAGUGAAAACAAGUACAUUUAUAUAUUAAAGUAAUUGGUUACAAGCAUAUAUAUGCGAAAAAUAAGUCAAAUUCGACUUAAGUAAUUGCAUACUUCUCUUUUUUCAUAUUGUUUUGCCUUGUGUUGGUGGUUUCUGUGGUACAUAACCAUUUUUUUUAUUCCAAUAAACACUAAACUAAUAAGAACUGUGUGGUACUGUAAAAUUAGUCAAAACAGGGCUGCCACGUGAAGGCUCAGUACCGCUAACCCCUUUUCAUUUUGUGUGUUUUAUUUUUAUUUUACCUUUUUUAUAAUGCAUUUUUUUUUGUCUUUUGUUUUUUAUAUAUUUUUUAAAUACUUUUCUUAUUUAUACACCUUGCAGUGUGACCUUAAUUCACCAUUAGUCGUCACACUCUUCCUCCCAUUGAGGUUGAUUAUAGUGAUUCUCACAAUUCCCAAUUUGACAUGGUCCACAAGCAGGCAUGCAUGGUAGUCCAUAUGCCCUGCAACUGCACCGUUGUGUUUUGCAGGCAGUUGUGCAAUUACAGUGUAUCAUCUGCAGGAGGCUUUCUGGGGCAGCAGUCUUACUAGUCAUAACUGGCAGGAAUCGGUUGUCCACCAGUUUCCAUCCCCAAUCCACUGGGUUCAGGUCACCUUCCUUUCCAAUCCACACCAUGAUCUGGAAGUAAACCCUUUGGCAGUGGUAUUUGGUUGCGGACUCAGUUGGAGGCAGACGUUCUGGGCCAACAAAUGAUUUGGCAGUGGCGAUUUUCUUGCUAAAAAGAUUGUAACGCAAAGAGGCAAGUGAAUCGCUACUCUUUCCGCCAAACAACACUGCCAUUGCCUUGGUCCCAUGGUCCUCUAUGACAUUCCUUGCUUGAUGUUUGAGCAGAAACACAUUUGCACAGGACUGGAUGGUUGACUCGCCAUUCACGAGUUUCUGGAAUGCUGUCUGUUUGCCAACACUAAAAAUGCGUGAAGUUGUAUCACAUCCUGUGAAGGCGUGAACAAACAGCAACUGGGAACACAAGUCACUAUCCAGGACUUGUUUCAUCUCACUGAUGUUGUACACCUUAGUAGCUUUGGACUUGUCUGAACGAAAAUAGAGGCCUCUAUUUUUCGUCCCAGCAUAGAAGAGGAGAAGAAUUAGUAAAUCUGUAUCCUCCCCUAUCAAGGUUGUGGGCUGAUGUUCUGAGGCCUUGACUGCAGCUUUGACAAUGUCCACGUCUACGUCACCUGGAGCAUUGAUAACAGAGCAGCCCUUCUUCUCCAGCUCCUCGGUCAUAAGAUGGAUAAGUCCUUGUUUGUUGCAAGAUCUGGAAAGGAAAUCAUCCUUUCUUCCCACAAACUCAGUCUCUGCAUUGAAGUUAACAAUGGGGUGAGUGUUUUCACAAAAAAAAACAUUAAGGUAGGCCUAUGUAUCGAACUGUGGGUCAAA